UCGGACUUGGUACAUCAUCCAUCUCUCACAAAAAAUAUCCCCUCUCUCUUUCUCGUCCUCCCACUCAGCGCCGCUAAGCGCCUCGGCAGCAUGGUCAAAACGCACGAGCGCUCCCCCGACUCCGCCGAUGCCGGGCUCGUCAAGCGACUCAAGACGGCUGCCGCAGCGUCCACCGCCGUGGAGGACGACGUCGAGGCCCGCUUCUCGGAUGGCCUCCUCGCGCACACCACGAUCGCGCGCCUGAACAACAUGUACCGCAACAGCCAGCCAUUCCACUACGCGCUCGUCGACAAACUCUUCCAGGACGAUCUGCUUAAGCGCGUCAAGGACGAGUGCGUCAGUGAGCUGAGCUUCACCGAAAAAGAGACCGACAUCUUGCGCAAUGCCCUGUACUCCCCCAAAUUCCGGGACUUUGUCCGCUCCGUCACCGGAUGUGGUCCUCUCUCGGGGUCGAAGCAGGACAUGUCCGUCAAUUCAUACACGAAGGGCUGCCACCUCCUGAACCACGACGACGUGAUCGGUUCGCGUCGCGUGUCUUACAUUCUCUACAUGCCCCUCCCCAACUACCAGCUGUGGCAGCCCGAGUGGGGUGGCGCGCUCGAGCUGUACCCGGUCAAGGAAAACGCGAACGGCCAGCUUGAGCCCCAGCCCGUCCCCUCCAAGACCAUUCCGCCCAGCUGGGACCAGUUCAUCUUCUUCGAGGUCCAGCCAGGCCGCAGUUUCCAUUCGGUCGAAGAAGUCGUCGUGGGCGGAGAAGGCGAGGACGGUCGCGACCGGCUGAGCAUCUCUGGAUGGUUCCACGCCGCGCAAGAGGGAGAGGAGGGAUACAUCCCCGAGCCGCCGACGGAAGUCAAGAGCUCGCGCGAGCAGCUGGCUUCGCACCACACCGAGUUCAAGCCGUAUCCAGAGGAGAUUGCGACACCUAUGCCCGACGCGCAGUUGAAGGACGAGCAUGUGGCAUUUCUGUCAGAGUUCCUCAACCCUGUCUACUUGCAGCCGCGCACAAUGAACGCCUUGGCAGCACGCUUCGUCGAGGAAUCCUCGCUUGAGCUGCACUCCUUCCUAACGGAGGCACUUGCGUCAAGUCUGGAACCCCGCUUGCGCGAACUUGACUCACGCGACGGCCUUGGCGCCGAGCGUGGUGGACGCGUCCCGCCACACUCUGCAGGCGUCGGUGAGAACAGCGCCUGGCAGCUGCGCGGGCCACCUCACAAGUGGCGCUACUGCCAGCUGAAGCCGCACACGCCAGGCGCCGUUGCAGAGGCCGUCACUCCUCGUGCAGCCGCACGCUCGUCGGACGAGAUUGUACGGAGCCUGCAGGAUGAGCUGUUCCCGAGCCCGGCGUUCCGCGCGUGGCUGGCGGUGGUGUCGCGAUUGCUGCCGCUGCGACAUGCAGUGGAGGCACGGCGUUUCCGGCCGGGAUUGGACUACACGCUGGCUACGAGCGAGGAGAAGGAGGCGCGGUUGGAUGUAGUGCUGGGGUUGACGCCGCAAGUGCAGGCAUCGGAAGAGGAUGCGCGCACGGCGGAUUCGCGUGGGUGGCAGGUAGCGGAGUGGGGUGGUUGGGAGUGCUACAUGGCUCCGCAUAACGAGGAGGAUGACCCCGCCGUGUACCGCUCAAGUAUACACAAGAAGUCGAAGGGCGGUAAGCCCAACGGCGACGCUGAGCUUGCGGAGGCGGAUACCAACGUCGAUGGCGCGCACAACGGUCACGGCACGACGGACGGUAACGGUACUUCGAAUCGCAAGGGCACGAAUGGCAAGGUGGCAGAGGCGAAGGGCACCAACGGGAAGGUCACAAAUGGGAACGGCAAUGCGACCAAUGGCGACGCGCCGUCCAUGGAGACCGACGAAGAGGAAGAGGGACCGGGACCGGCUGACACCAGCAUGGACGUCGAGGAGGAGGAAGAGGAGGACAGCACGCUGCUGACCGUGCAGCCCGGUUUCAACCGCCUGCUCCUCGUUUUGCGCGACGAGCGGGUGAUGCGCUUCGUCAAGUACGUCUCCGCCGCCGCGGAGGGCUCGCGAUGGGACGUCUGCGGCGAGUACGAGGUCGGGGUGAUGCAGGAAGAGGAGGAGGAAGAGGAGGAGGAGGACGGCGCGGCGGAGGCAUAGCGAGGGCGGCGCGGCUGAUAGGUGUCGCCGUUCGUUAUUCGUACCUGCACAUGCGAGGGUACACCCCCUCGACGCUCCGUCCUGCGGCUUCUUGUAGGGCUUGCACGUCUCUGCUUCGUAAUACGUGUACAUUCUGUAGUCUACCUCUUUCUGUGAUGUUGCAUAGUAGUUUCAAUGUAGUAGCGUAAUUCCACCACCGUUCUUGUCUGUUGAGACGACUUUUUAUAUUCGUUGGGUCAAUAGGGCUGAUGGUUUUCAUUUGGUCGAUAGUGCUUACGGACACUGCGUCUUUCGCGCAAAUAUAGUAGACAGACUUGUACACGUACACGAAUAGAGAAUGCAGUUGGUCAUUGGAGUCCA